AUGAAAGCUCUCAUCAUCAUUGCUGUCUCUGUAGUUAUAACUGUUUCUCUCGACCUCAGCGAUGAAAAAUGUCGGUGUCGAACUAAUUUGACAAAGGAGUUCUGCACAAAAACUGUGCUUAUCACAAAAGUGUUUGGGUCGCUGACUCCAAUUAAUAGAAAACGCAAAGAUGACGUGAAUAGUAGAAUUUAUUAUAACCUCACUUUUGUGAUGUUUGUCGGACCGGGUCAGCAAAAACUUCAUCCAGACAGCAUUACCAGCUCGUCAACUCCAGCGAAUUUCGAUAACUGCACAAUUGAUCUCUUCCUUUCAAAGUACUACUUACUUUCAGGUCAACGCAGUGGUAACGAUCUCGUGAUGAAUGAAUGCGGUCUGCACCACCUAUGGAGAAGGACAGAUUCUACUUCAGAAGCAGUAAAGGUCAUAUCACAGUUUUGCCGCUUACCUCGUUUUGAAAUACAAGCUUAG